AUGAAACCAAGUAUCAAAUUGCUAACAUUGUCUUGUGUAGGUCUAUCGGCCGCAGUUGUUGCCAUCGCCUAUCGUUAUAUCAGUUCACAAUCGAAUACUGAUAAAUCAUUGAGUGAAUUCAGUGCCGAGCCAAGCCAAGAGUCACCAGACAAAAAAGUCAGUUCCUACGACUCUGCUGCUUCACCAAGUGACGCUCCUUCUACUCCACCCAUUACCUCGACAACAGCGACAACAACACCAACAACAACUACUACAACAACUGACAAUGUUAAUAACAAUAAUAAUAACAACAACAAUAACAAUAUUGAUGUAAUUGGUGAUAUUGAAGAUCUCAAUAAGAAAUGUGGAUUCUGUAGACCAGAGAUGACCGACGCCGAUAGAAAGUCACCAGCCAACUCGAUUCACGAGUACAGCAGACACUACUUUAUUUGCAGUGGCAUUGCAGCUGACAAGUGGCCAUCUAAAUGGUUCGAAUCCUCUGAACAGCUUAUGACUUUGGCCGAUCCAAUCAAGAAGCACUCUCGUACUCAGUUGGAGCCAUCGAUCUUCAACGGUAUCGACAUGGAAUCGACCUCGCAAAACACUGACUUUUUGUUGUUCCCAGAGAUGGUGAAACUCGUAGACGUCGAUGCACCACAACUCGAAUCACUCUUGGACUACUUCUCAAAGAACAAAUCGAUUACCGACAACGAUGAUUCAUUCCCAUCGCAUAUUAAAAUCGAGAAUAUUACUGGCAAAUAUAUAUUUGUUUGUGCACACAAAUUAAAAGAUGAACGUUGUGGUUAUUGUGGACCGAUUUUGGUUGAUCAGUUGAAAGAAGAGAUCGAACGUCGUGGACUCUCCAACGAGAUCAAGGUUUACGCUUCCACUCAUGUCGGUGGACACAAGUAUGCCGGUAACGUGUUGGUCUUCCCAGCCGGUCAUUGGUACGGUUACGCACAACCAUCGGAUAUCAAUGAGAUCAUUGAUAGUACCAUCAACGGUAACGUGAUCACAAGAUUACAUCGUGGUACAAUGGGACAACCAGUACUCAAAGAAGAGAAAGAAAAGAAACAAAAAGGUGAUCAUCACAAGAAACAUUAA